AUGAAGUUCGUCACGAUCACGUUUCCCGUUUCCCUGCUCGUUGUCGGAGCCAUCUCCAUACCCAUGGCCCACUAUGCGAACCCGGAAACUGCUUUGGACAAGCGAAGCUACUUUCUUCGAAGCGCCUGGGGACAAAAGGCCCAGGACGACAUCAAGGAGUCUGCUUCCGUGAGUGGUCUCGAUACCGUGACCGAAGCAGCUGCUUUGCUGGACAAACGGGACGAAGCCGCGCCCGACUGCUACUCGCUUCGUUCUCAAUGGAGCGCCGAGGUCAAUUCCAAGCGCGGCAUUGCCUGCUAG